CUUCCGUGUAAACAGGUGAUUGAAGUGGUUGGAUACGGUAAACAAUCCACCUGUAUAGCCGAUGAAUUGAAGCUAUAUUUCACCUAGAGAUCCAUGACUUUCAAUUGUUAUGCCAGGUCCAUGUGUUGACUAGUUUGUAUUUCGUUUUUAUAGAACAUGUAUCUUCGAUAGGAUAUUUAGAGAAUUAUGGCAAAUUUGAAACUAAUUGAGGGAACAUGGUUUCCUACUGGCUACUAUGGGCAUUUUCGCAGUAAAUCUAGGAAUGAUUAUAUAAAUGAAUUCCGUUAUUUGGCAAAACCGUCACCACCGAAGAAGUUCAUAAAGCGCUCAGGGGAAAAUGUGGCAAGGCAUGUGUUUUCUCAUCACGACAACAGAGAAGCUUUCCUAAAUGAUGCUUUAUAUUUUGAACAGGGUCUUGGCAGACGCCGUGUUAAAACCCCAUACGUGAGCACAUUCAAACCAGAUCUGAUCACAUGGAUGCCACACAAGAAAGAGCUAGAUCGCUCAGAGCCACACGUGUCCACUUAUAAACUCAAUUACAAUGUCCAUGCCAAUGCAAGGGAGCAGCUUUUCAUAAAAAGACCCAAAUCCUCUUUUGAUCCUGACUUUAAAGCUACUACAACAUAUCGUUAUGCCCAUGGCAAGGACAACCCUAACAGAGAUACAUUGUGUGCAAUGAAUAACCAAAUUUUACUUACAACAGGACAGAGACAGUUAAGACCACACACUGCAAAAGCUAGGGAGUCUGUGGCCUCAUGUAUGAGCUGGAAUGUAGCCCCCACUACAACCAGGCGGAUUCCUCAAGCCACAGCGACAUAUCCUCCAGCUACUUGCACUCCAGCUUCCACACAGGUGUCUCUUCCAGGUGCAACAACGGUGGUGCAGUGAAAACACCCUGCUUUAGUCAUUCUUUUUAAAUGGGGUUCAGUACACUUCACAUAUAACUCUUCUCCUUAUAAAUCAAAUUGUGGUUUUAUUGUAAGAAAUUUUGUAGAAAGCAUUUUUUUCUCUUUGGCUUGAAAUUAUGAAAUUGGGAUAACUUUGGUGUAAUUUAAACAAAUUUUCCAGUCCUCAAUGUCUUGAGUUAUGCAGGGUCUUCUGUAUCACAGGUUCACUGCUUAGGUUCAAUUAUUCAAUGAAAUAACUGGAUACUGCAAUACGGCAGAAGAAAGGGUAUUAUUCCAGCCAGUCUGUGAAAAAAGAUUGUUAAUGCACAAAGAGAUCAAACAGAAAUUUAUUGAAUGGUUAUUUCUCUGUAAUUUUGAAAGGGACAUGAUUCUCAGGGGACACUGCGUCUAGAUUAACAGAUAAAGACCAAUUCAAAAUAAGGAGAAUUAUUCACCAUAUAGAUUACUUAGGUUUACAAUUUUAAUAUAUCUGUACUGGGUAUUCCACGUGUCAGGUAAAAAAAGUUCACUGACAUUCAAAUCACAAGGGCUCAUAAUUCAAGGAUUCUUGAAAUCCAAGUCAUUAUCAAGAACAAAAUUCUAAAACAUUCCAUGUUUACUGUAGGUGCUCAUGUAAGUUUUUGGAAAGUCCAGUUUCAUGUCAGUCUCUUUACAUUAAAACCAUGUAAUUAUACAACUUUUUGAAGUAAUCUAACAUUAAUAGGUCAAUUCUGGAAAAAUGUAAUUUUCAAAGCACAGAGUCUAGGUUAAUUCAAUGCAACCGAGAAAAGCUGAACUCUAACAGGAAAUGGAGGAAUUGAUUUUGCAGGAGAAAACAGAAUUAAGUCUCAGUUAUGGACUGCUUAUUUAUGCUCAGCAUUCAGUAUUGUAUAAUCAAGGCAUUAAAUGAUCAUGCCAUAGAAAAUUGGAAGACUGCCCUGUUUUUAGCAAUUACCAGUGUAUUAUUAUCCUCUAUUUAAGAACUUCACUCAGAAUAUAAUGCAUGAAAUUGCUGUUGUUUCACUAGAUCCUUUGACAUACUUAAGUAGUAUGAAAGUUACGAACAGUGUAUAGAAGUGCAGGAUGUGUUUUUCAGCUAAGUAAAUAUUUUUUUACAGUAAAGAAAAGCUAAUCUUUUCAUUUACUCUCAUUUUUAUAGAGGUGCCAUAAAAGUAUUAACAUUUCCAGCCACGGUGAGGCAAGAAUUAUGUUAUAAGUAAGUAGCAACUGUUGCUAGGUUGCCUCUAACAAUAACUUAACUGCUUAAGAAUUAUGCAGGACUAAGUACACAUGUAUUGAAAGAUUAUCUCAUCAUUAAUUAAUCUUACGCUGUAUUAUAUUGAUAAUCAAUGUGCUUUACAUCCAAGGGUAGUAUACCACUGAGCAUGGUGUAGUUCUAAAAUGAAAUGAAUUGAAAUAUUUUAGUUUAGAAGUGUUCAAUUCAAACGUCAAUCAAAAGAUUCAAUAAAAUAAAUUAAUCUCUUCAACACUGAUAAUUCUAACUUCACUCCAAUUGUAAUUCUGAAUUAAUCUUUAGCUUCUUCAGCAUUUAAAAACAUUUUCUUUCAAUGCUUGUUCCAACAUACUAUUUAAGGCAGCUUCAUUAUUGCUGUUUAUAUG